AUGCGUUUUCAGCCGGGCGAUCGAGUCACUUUCUGCUUGCCGAAGGCGUCGGAAAUUGGCAAUCUGCCAGAGGCAAAGCUCGUUAUGCUGGCUCAGACCGACAGACCUGCCGGGUCUGUGCUGGCCUGCUGCAGACUCCACCUGCCGAGACCGGUCGGCGAUGGGAAGCAACUUGCACCGCUGAACUUGGAUCUGCACGCCUUCUCCAGCAAGGUUGUGCUGUCCGGCUUAACCGUUGAUGUCGGAGAAGCAGAGCUGAUGCGCUUCUUCUCGAAGCAAGGAGCGACAAAGGGCAUUGUUGCUCAUGCGCGAGGGUGCAGCUUCGCGUCCAUCACGUUUCCAACCUGCACAGAUGUUGCUACGUUCGUGGGACGAUCCGCGCACGCAUUUGCAGAUGACAAGGACGGCAGAGAGACCGUGCAUGUGUGUUGCAGGGGUGGGAGUUUGACCGUCCGACAGACUUGCUGUGCACUGACACGGCAGCACGGCUCCAAGGCAUAA